UUCCAGGAUUCCAGCCAGCGGGUGGUGGCUAGGUGCCAGGCGAGUUAAAAAGGCGACCUUUCUCUUUCCUCCACAAUUUUAUCUGGACAUAUAGAUAGGAGAGGAUAAGUAGACUCCACUGUAGUAAUUUCCUUAUUGUUCUGCUACAUGCUAUCCCAGAAAUCCUUCAUGGCUUCUUUGCCUUCAGUAGCUGUAACUCGCACUCCGAAGCUCGACCCAGACUUCAGGAAGCAUACCGCCAGUUAUUCUGUCCCUGAAAAGAGUCCAAGCAUCUCAUAUCAAAAAAAUCAGGCGCACACCCAUUUGGAUGGGAGUUCAGAACUUAGGUCUCUGGACUUCCGAGAAGCGCUUUUAUUGAUAAAAGAGGGGACAGAGAUUGAAUCGUCUUAUUAUGUUCCCCUCUUGCAAGAAUGCAUUGAAAAAAAUUCGGUAUCAAAAGCACAAAUUGUUCAUGAUCACAUCAUGAAGACAGGUACGCAUGGAGAUUUGUUCAUCAUGACCUUCCUGAUUAAUGUUUAUGCAAAAUGUGGAACCAUGGACUAUGCUCGUAAGGUCUUUGACAAUUUGCCUAGAAGAAAUGUCGUUUCAUGGACAACCCUGAUGACGGGAUAUGUUCACAAUUCACAGCCAGAGCUUGCCAUCCAGGUUUUCCAAGAAAUGUUGGAGGCUGGGGUUUAUCCCACGAAUUAUACUCUCGGAACUGCUUUAAAUGCUUGUUCUUCCUUGCACUCAGUUAGGUUGGGGAAGCAAUUUCAUGCUUAUAUUAUCAAGUACCAGAUUGACUUUGACACAAGUGUCGGCAAUGCCCUGUGUAGCUUUUACUCCAAAUUUUGCAAUUUGGGAUCUGCUAUUAAAGCCUUUCAGAGGAUUAGCGAAAAGAAUGUGAUCUCAUGGACUGCAGUUAUAUCUGCCUGUGGUGAUAAUGGUGAAGCUGCGAGGGGUUUAAAGUUUUUCACGGAAAUGCUAAGUAAGGAUAUCAAACCUAAUGAGUUUACCUUGACUAGCAUCUUGAGCUUGUGUUGUACAACGCUGUGUUUGGGUCUAGGAGCUCAAAUUCACUCAUUAAGCAGUAAACUUGGCUAUGAAUCAUAUCUACCCAUUAAAAAUUCUAUCAUGUAUUUGUACCUUAAAUGUGGAUGGAUUAGAGAGGCUCAGAAGUUGUUUGAUGGAAUGGAAACUGUUAGCUUGGUUACAUGGAAUGCAAUGAUUGCAGGCCAUGCCCAGGUGAUGGAUUUUGUAGAGGAUGAUAUUUCAGCAUAUAAAAGCGGAUGUGAGGCACUUAACAUUUUCCUUAAAUUGAACCGGUCGGGGUUGAAACCUGAUCUAUUCACCUUCUCGAGUAUCUUAACUGUAUGUAGUAGAUUGGUGGCCCUAGAACAGGGGGGACAAAUCCAUGCUCAGACCAUUAAAACUGGGUUUUUGACAGAUGUGGUAGUAGGCACUGCACUAAUAAAUAUGUAUAGUAAAUGUGGAAGCAUCGAAAAAGCGAGUAAAGCUUUUGUGGAGAUGGAUACAAGGACUAUGAUAUCGUGGACUUCUAUGAUUACAGGUUUUUCUCAGCAAGGCUGGUCUCAGCAAGCGCUUCAGCUCUUCGAGGAUAUGAGAUUAGCUGGAGUUCGGCCAAACCAGAUUACUUUUGUGGGUGUCUUAUCAGCCUGUAGCCAGGCUGGAAUGGUCAAUGAAGCACUCAGUUACUUCGAGAUGAUGCAAAAGGAAUAUAAGAUUAAGCCUGUAAUGGACCAUUUUGCUUGCCUGAUUGAUAUGUUUGUGAGGUUGGGUCGGUUAAAAGAAGCUUUCGAUUUUAUUGAAAAAAUGGAUUUUGAGCCCACUGAGUUUAUUUGGUCGCUCUUAAUCGCCGGGUGUCGAAGUCACGGGAACUUAGAAUUGGGGUUUUAUGCUGCUGAACAACUGCUCAAGCUCAAACCAAAAGAUACUGAAACUUAUGUCUUGUUGUUAAAUAUGUAUAUCUCUGCAGGCAGAUGGAAGGAUGCUUCUAGGGUGAGAAAAAUGAUGAAAGAGGAGAAACUUGGGAAAUUGCAGGAUUGGAGCUGGAUUAACAUCAAGGAGAAGGUAUAUUCAUUUAAACCGAAUGACAAGUCACAUUUUCACAGUGCUGAUCUUUACACAUCACUGGAGAAUUUGCUUCAACAAGCAAGUAGUCUUGGAUACGAGUCCCUAGAAACUAUGGAGGUAACUGAUGAGGAUGAGGAGGAAAAUACAUCCUCUUCUACCGCUUAUCACAGUGAAAAGUUGGCCGUUGCAUUUGGACUGUUGAACACGCCAAAUGCUACGCCAAUACGGGUAAUCAAGAGUGUCUUUAUGUGCAGGGACUGCCAUAAUUUUGCGAAGUACAUUUCAUUACUGACUGAUAGGGAAAUCAUCAUUCGAGAUAGCAAGCGGCUUCACAAAUUUGUUAAUGGACGCUGUUCAUGUGGAGACUUCAGUGGUCUUCCUUGAUAUCUUUCGGUGUCUGGAUGAGUGGGUGGGAUACAUUCCAAAAAAAUCCUAUCUCAUCCUCUCGUUUAUAGUGAGGUUGAGGGAGGUCGAUAGAUAGGAGACCAUUAACCUUGUUGUAUAGUCCUUUUCGUGUUGAUUCUUUUUAAAAAGAUAUGAACUCACAUGGGUCUCAAUGCAUGCUUUAUUAUGCUUAACUAAUAAUCUUAAUUAAGGAAUGUUUGUGUA